CAGGAAGGGCCAACAUCAUGCAGGACCGAUUCCCCCGCCUUUGGCUGGUUCCGCGUACCCGACACACGCCGGGGAAACUUUGAUGGGGAACAGGCCGGGGGAGUAAACACUGGGGGAGGGGGAACGUGGUUGCCAAUGAAGAAGUUGGAAACGCCACCACACACCAGGGAGGGUGCACUAAAAGUUAUCCUAAAUUAAGCGCUGACGCAGGAUGGUCCGAGGGGAACCAACACUGCUAUAAUUCUCUCUACACGAUAUGCGAGCGCAAUCCGGAAGAUCUGAAAGUCCGGCAUCGCCGUAAUAUUCCGUGAUUGACGCGUUCUCCGCGUGCCAGGUCAUGUGCAUACGCGACGACUGAUGCAUCAUUACCAUGCUGUGUGUGGGGCUGGGGAGAGCCAGAAGGAAGGCGGUCACACGCGAGGUCAGGUGCGGUCAGGUGCAUCUCUGCCAUGACGUCACCAGGCCUGUUAAGUCCUUCGGAGGUGUCAAAACUGUCGAGACAAGAUCAUAACAUUCCCAUUCCUCUUCCCCGCCAGAAGAACGCCAGAACGCGUGGAUUCUCUUCACAACAAUGGUUAAAACAGUGGUUGCCACCGGCACCUUAUCGGGCUUGGUAACUUGGCACCUUUCCCACCGUUCCUCAGUGUUGCUCUACCGGCCUGAACCGUACCAUUUUAUUCUGGGGGUAGGGGAUACCAUAACAACCCAAACUAGCUAUGAUUGUCUGGAUUGGGAUAGGAAUGUCUAUACAGUGACUGUGCUCCCGCUGGAUCUCUCAUCCCUGCCCAGCAUGCAGUCAUUAGCCGAAAAUGUCCGUUCUCGGUUGGGUCCUCACAAGCUCAAUUAUCUCAUCCUUUGUGCAAGCACACUGGACAGCGCAGAUGGCCCGGGCCCUAAUGGGUCGCCGUGGUGCGCCGGGUUGGUCGUGAAUCACCUAGCCCAACAUUACUUGAUAUAUCUGCUGCGUGACAGCCUCUCGGCAUCGCAGUCGCGAGUUGUUGUUGUUUCUUCGGGCGCCAUCCGUAACGUGAGAGGACAGGAUCCAGCUUCCAGUAUGGGGUUGUUGAUGGAUAUACCCGAUACAAAAAGUAUCCCGGAAGGAGCCCGGAACCUACUUCAGGCAUUUGCGGCGAACGAUCUCCUGUCUGAUCCGGAACAAAUCUUUCUGACGAGCUGGGGGGAGUGGUGGCCAAAGGACGUUAUACAUUGUCCCUGGACCAGGACCUCUAAAGAAAGUGGUGCUGGACGAGAGAAGAGAUUGAAAGGGCUGAGUGGUUUGCCGGGGGUGUAA